AUGGCCGGAGCCACCUCUAAGGCGGCUGUUGUCGCCGGUGUCACCAGCAGCCCCGGCAGCCCAAAGACUGCCAACACAAAAUGGAACGAGGAGGCCCACCGGGCCCUCAUCGGUACCCUCUUGGAUGUCAUGGACUCCGCUGACACGAAGUGGCGGGCUCAUCUUGACCUUAUGGUCGAGAGUCUGGCAGAGCGAGGCCAGCAGUUCUCCAAGGAGGGCAUUCGGCACCGAGCAAGCAUUGACCGUCGCAACCCCAAACACCUCAAAAUGCCUGCCGUGUGGGAUGACGCCCGCGAGCGAGAUCUGCUCGAGGAGAUUUACCUUGUACUGUCCUCCCGCCAGCCGCUGUCCCAAGAGGACAAGGAUGCUGUUGCUGCGGGAAUGAAGCAGCGAGGCUAUCAGAACCUCACGUGGAACGCCAUUCGGUAA